UUUAUACAAGUACUUAAGUAGGUAUGUAUUAUUAUAUUUAUUAUAAUAACUGGUUAAUUGCCUUUUUUAGAUGAUUUAGUUUCUAGGGAGGUAGAUUUUGGUAGGUCAAUAACAUUGGAGACUUCACUCGAAAAGCAGAAAACAGUUACAAGUUAUGAUUUUAACCAAGAUUUAGAUUAUAACUAUAAAGAGAUUAGUACAAUAAAGAAUUGUAAGACACAAUCAUUAAAAUCCAAACUAAAUAUGCCUGGUUCUAGAUUUUCAAAUGAAGGUCGUAAUAAUCAUCAGAUGUCCGAUUGCUCUCCUUCAAAAGUAAAAAGAACUCUUUUUAAACCAAUAAGUACAUCAAUUCAAGAGAAUAAGUCUUCAUCAACAACUCCAGAAAGUAAUCAUGAAAUAUCAUCCAUCGUAAAUACAUCAUCUUCUCCAUUUAAGGUCACAUCACAAGACAACUAUCAAUCAUUAAUUCCUGAUGUGCAUGAAGAAAUACUGUUAUCAGAUCAUAAUACCAAACAGUUAUCAAAUCUUGGCCAUAGACCAUCUACAUCAACUCAAGAAAAUUGUAAUUAUGAUUUCGAAAUUAAAAACAUGACGCCUAAGCCAUAUUCAUCUACAAAAUUCAAUAAUUAUAUUAUUAAAGAUCACAAAAGGAUGAAUGUUUCACCGCAGAGUAAUUUAGCCAUCACACCAAGAGGCACCAAUUCAUCUGGCCAACAUUCUGAUAUUUUGAACAGGAUCUUAAAUGUGGUAUUAAAGAUUAGGUAUGAUGUACAGUCCAUUCAACAGAAGCAGAUGGAAAUGGAACAGACUCUAACAGAUGCAAUAAAUCAAGUUAAUGAGACCAAAGGCUCAUCCAAUCACCAAAAUAUAUCAACAGAAGGAGAAGACUUUUAUUUAAUGAUUCCGAUAAUGGACGAAGAACAAUUAUUUAUAUUUGAAGAAAAACUUUUGGAAAAGUCUUAUAAAUUAUGUGUUGUAAAUGAGCUCAAACGUCUUCAAAAAAAAAAACUUAAUUCUACGGUACGAGGCUUACUAAAAGCACUUUUCAGUGACGAUGUCUUAAAAGAAUACAGUUAUGUUGGGCAAAAAAAAAAGAAAAUAUUCUGUUCAUUAAGAUCAUGUGCAAUAGUUUUUGAAACAAUAAGAAAAAUGAAAAACUUCCAAAGUUCAACUAAUGCAACUAUUGAAGACCCAAUUAAAAAAUACAUUGCUGGUGCUGGUUUUAGAAAAUCUUCUAAAAAUAUAGAUUAACCAAAAAUUUAAAAUUUCAACUAUUAUUCUAUUAAAACAAACAUUUUAAAGAUAUA